AUGAAAAGAAAAAAGAGUAAGAGUGAGCAAUCCAGAGAAAAGAAGAAAGAGGUAGCUCCAUCUGAGGGGAAAGAAGUUCCAUAUCCAUUGGUACCUUCUAGGAAGGACAAAGAAAGACAUCUUGCACGUUUUCUUGACAUCUUCAAGAAGCUAAAGAUCACCAUGCCCUUCGGAAAAGCCUUACAGGAGAUGCCACUUUACUUUAAAUUUUUGAAGGAUAUGCUAACCCGAAAGAGCAAGUAUAUCCACUGUGACACAAUCGUAGUGGAGGGAAACUGUAGUGCUGUGAUUCAAUGCAUCCUUCCACCCAAGCACAAAGAUCCAGGUAGUGUCACUAUACCUUGCUCGAUUGGUGCAGUCUCAGUUGGUAAGGCUCUUAUUGAUUUUGGAGCCAACAUAAAUUUGAUGCCGCUCUCUAUGUGUCGGAGGAUGGGAGAGCUGGAGAUAAUGCCAACCAGAAUGACUCUGCAGUUAGCUUAUUGCUCCAUCACCAAACUGUAUGGAGUGAUAGAAGACGUUUUGGUCUGA